UACAUCCAUAUUGUGCCAAAGGUCGCUUCGCUCGUCUUCCCACCAUCCUCCAAACUUCAUAGGCAAAUUAAUAAAAUCCCGAAUUAAGAAUGAGUACUGCCCUGCCCCAAACACAGGGGGAAACCCUUCCAGAUGCCUGGGACUACAAUGGCCGUCCAGCCGAGAGAUCUAAAACCGGUGGCUGGAUGGCGGCCGCCAUGAUAUUAGGGGGGGAGGCAAUGGAAAGGUUAACGACGCUGGGUAUUGCAGUCAAUUUGGUGACUUAUAUGACUCGAACCAUGCAUUUGGGCAAUGCUACCUCCGCCAACACAGUCACCAACUUCCUCGGCACCUCUUUCAUGCUCUGUUUACUCGGUGGCUUUGUAGCCGACACCUUUCUUGGCAGGUAUCUCACAAUUGCAAUCUUCGCAACCGUUCAAGCAACUGGUGUCACAAUCUUGACGAUCUCAACCGUAAUCUCCAGCCUCCGUCCACCCACAUGCGCCGCGAGAACCGUUACACCCUGCAUCGCCGCAGGAGGCAUGCAGCUAGUAGUUCUCUAUAUGGCGCUGUACCUCACCGCCCUCGGCACCGGUGGUCUGAAAUCAAGCGUGUCGGGCUUCGGCUCAGACCAGUUCGAUGAUUCGGACAAGGAAGAAAGAGCCCAAAUGACUAACUUCUUCAGCUGGUUCUUCUUCUUUAUAAGCAUAGGCUCACUCGUCGCCGUAACCGUUCUUGUAUACGUCCAAGACAAUCUUGGGAGACAAUGGGGUUACGGAAUUUGUGCGUGUGCCAUUGUGCUAGGUUUGGUUGUGUUCUUGUCGGGCACGAGGCGGUACCGGUUCAAGAAGCUUGUCGGCAGCCCGCUGACGCAGAUUGCAGCGGUGUUUGUCGCCGCCGGAAGGAAAAGGCAUUUGGAGCUACCUUCGGAUACAUCCUUGUUGUUCAGCGUUGAUGACGUACUUCCAGAUGAUCAGGGAAUAAACAAGGAGAAGAAGCAGAGUUUGCCCCAUACCAAGCAGUUCCGUUUCUUGGACAAGGCAGCAAUCAAGGACCAUGAAAUGUCUAAUGGCGACGUCUAUGAAGUAAACAAGUGGAAACUCUCAACCCUUACAGAUGUUGAAGAAGUGAAAUUGGUGAUGAGAAUGUUACCCAUCUGGGCUACCACUAUCAUGUUUUGGACAGUCUAUGCCCAAAUGACCACAUUCUCAGUCUCACAAGCAACCACCAUGGACCGACACAUUGGCUCCUUUGAAAUCCCCGCAGCAUCCCUGACAGUCUUCUUCGUUGGCAGCAUUCUCUUGACUGUCCCAAUUUACGACCGGAUAAUAGUUCCCAUUGCAGCAAAAGUGCUUAAGAAUCCACAAGGUCUUACUCCAUUGCAACGCAUUGGGGUUGGUCUUGUUCUUUCAAUCUUUGCAAUGGUGGCAGCAGCACUGUCUGAACUAAAACGUUUACGAGCCGCCCGAUCCCAUGGUUUAACGGAUAACCCAACGGCCGAGAUACCAUUAAGUGUGUUUUGGCUGGUUCCGCAGUUUUUCUUGGUCGGAUCUGGAGAAGCCUUUACGUAUAUAGGGCAGCUUGAUUUCUUCUUAAGGGAAUGUCCAAAAGGGAUGAAGACUAUGAGCACAGGGCUGUUUCUGAGCACACUUUCGUUAGGGUUUUUCUUUAGCUCUGCACUGGUUGCUGUCGUGCACAAGGUGACAGGGACCAAGAGGCCGUGGCUUGCAGAUAAUCUAAAUGAAGGGAAGCUUUACAAUUUUUACUGGCUUUUGGCAUUUUUGAGUGCCUUGAAUUUGGUGGUAUAUUUGGUUUUUGCGAAGUGGUAUGUGUACAAGGACAAGAUGCUUGCUGACCAGGGUAUGGAGUUGGAGGAAGUAGAGCCUAGUUACCAUGCAUAAGGAUUUCACUUUCAUUCGAAUCAUGUC